UAAAACAAAAGAAAUUGAUUUUUUCUUGUACGAGAUAUAUAAAUUCUCUUUAAAACGAAAAAGCAAUGUAUCAUAACCUCAUUAACAACAUUCAUAUUUUAUUUGUGCACAACGUGCAUAUUAUUGUGAAUCGCAUAAAAAUAGAAAUCCAACGAAUGGUAGAAAAAAAAGUCAGGAAAAUUUGUCGGAAAUUAUUUUCGGAAAAACCUUUUGAAUAAUUUUAAACAGUAUCAGUAUAUUUAUCCCAGACACAAGCCAAAUUUACUUUUCUCGGUUACCAUUUAAAAUGAAACUUGAAAUAAAAAUAAAAAGAAAAAAGAAGGAACGAAAUGGAAAUGACAAAACAAGAUGAACGAAAUGAGCAUUGAAAAUAAAAAGAAAAAGGGAGAAAAUGAAGGAGGAAGAGAGAGGGAUGGAAAGAGAAGAGUAAGUAGCAGAAACACGAUAAUUCGAAACGAACUCGCGACUAGUCAUUGAUCGACCGCGAAACGCUGAGCGCCGCGACGCCCUCUCUCCUUUUCUUAACCCCAAGUACGUCCCCACCUGUGCUUGUUCACAAUCGUGUCAGACAUUUAAGCGUCACGUCGGAAACACGCCUCCCUCUUUCUCUCGUUCUCUCCUCUCUUCUUCCUUUGUUUCUCUCUCUUCUUCGCUUUUUUAUUUGUCGUUCAUCGACUCAUUGUCAGCCAGAAGGAGAAUUCGUCGACAAACUUGAGCAAGAAACGUGUUGAUCGCCGCGCGAGUGAUUAGUUUUGUGAUUCGAUUGAACGAGUGGCACAAUCGAAAAUCACGGGAAUAGCUAGAUAGAGAAACAAGUGGUGCAUGUCGUUUCGUGGCAAAAUGUGCUGUGACCAACAAUGCAUGAAGAAAACGUUCGAUCACAGUGUGGUUUAAUUAUUUUUGAAGGUUAUCUUAUAUAUGCGGAUCGGAUAUAAAUCGGUAUGUGCUAAUGCGCGUUGUUGAUUCGAUAUCAUUGUUGUGCAACCCUGUGUAUGUCACUGUGCUCAUUGAAUUGCUUUGUCUGAAUGGGGUGGCGGUGAACGACCGUUUCUAGGUCGGUCGAGAGAUCCACUGGAGCUUAAUUGACGCGGUUCGAGGGAUUCUAGGAGCGAGUCGAGGAAAAUUGGGACAUCGAACGCGGAAUUCGGGACAAAGGUUCCUUUCUUUGAGAUUUAACGUCAAGAACAUCGUUCUUUUUAUUGCCUUGAUUGCAUCGCUUGGUGUCGAUCGUUCCACGUCAAAUGUGAAAACGGCGCGGACCAAAUUGGGUCAUUGGAAGAUACCCCAGAGUGAUCAAGCAAAAUUUUAAACGAAAAUUUUAAAUAGAAAAAAAAAACCAAGUGCAAACGAGAACAAACAUUUGUGCGUGUAUAAUACGUAGGAUCGUUAAUUCGACAUGUUUUGUUUCCAAACGCCGUUCACACGCGCCUCACGUGUGCUCGUAUCUUCCUUGUCUUCUAAUAAAACGAAGACUUCCUCUAUGAGUAUCAUUCUUCCAGUGAAUAAGAAUUCGAGCUCUAAGUGCGAUGGACAAGACUCGGAAGUUGCGAGUGAAGGUUCUGGCUCCUCAAUCGGAUAUAUUGAUCAAGAACCUCUAGUCUCUGACACUAGUAGCACGGACAGUACACUUCCGGAUAUUAAAGCGGAUUACUUGGAUCCGGAGACUUUGUCACCUGGGCCAGAUUCUUUGACGGCACCAACUUCCGUGAUCAUUGUCGAGAAUGGUAUAGACGAAUCGAACGAUCGCAAUAUACUUUUAAAAGAUAACGAACAGAAUCACCACGUGAUUCCUUCCUCUGUGCCGGAAAAGCAAUCGUACAGUAAUAGACGGUGCAAGAAAUUACUUCUCCGUCUUCGUUCCAAUGAUUCCUCAAAUUCAACGAAUAACAAAGAAGACAGUCUGGAUGCGGUUAACGACUCGAUUGAACCCAUUUCACCUGUCUCGAAUAAAGAAUGCGGAGACGAAGAGAAAGAAUAUAAAAGCGGAAAAACGACGCUACUCACGAACUCGUCGCCGUCGGUGCUGAUCGAUUCUGUAGACUCGGAGGAAGACGCGCUAAGAAACUCGAGAGUGACAGCCGUGUCUGAGAACGAUAUAUCCUCGUUGCAAAAUGUGUUCAGCGAAUCAGAGAAGAAUAUAUUCAAUCGAACGGAAACAGAGACGGAGGAAGGAUCCUCGUUGCCGUUGAGCCCCGCUGGCCCAUCUACCGCUGGUUUAUCUUCGUCAACUGUACCUUAUUACAAUUUUCUCUGUGUUAAUGGUGGAGCUAUGCGACAAGAGAUGACCAGCACCAGUUCCCCGCAAUUGUCCUCGGAUAGUAAUCAUAGAUCAAGCGCCGAAUCGACACCGGUUGACGCUUGUAACUCGUUUAACGUGGAAAAGAGUUCUAGAAUAGACACAUUAAAACCGGAGAGUUUGGAAAGCACAUUUUGUUUACCUGCUGCGAGAUCUUGUCCUAAUUUAGAGAGGCAGAGUGCUGGAUGUUCGCCAACUAGUGGAUCCUCUGGUUCUAGUCCUAGCCCAGGUCCUGUUGGGCCUAGGUUUAAACCAAUAGAGGAGGGGGACAUUCAGGUGUGCUUUUUGAAUUAUACGAAUCUGGUGAAAAAAAUAUUAUCGAGUAAAUACCUGAGAAGAUGGGAGACGCAUCAUCUUUAUUUGAACGAUACCUGCAUCUCGUCUAAGACGCGAACGGGAUUUUUUCGACAACCGAUACCGUAUAGCAACAUGUCAGAUAUACGGAAAUAUGCUGUUACAAGAUGGGAUCCUACUUACAAGAACUGCCUUAGCAUAGUUCUGCCAAACAGUUCUCUUCUUCUCCAAGCGAAUAAUGCUUAUACGAGGGACCAAUGGUAUCAUUCGAUACUAUGGAAGAGGAGUAUUUUCAAAUAUCAGCAUCUAGUGUCUCUAAAUACUCGGGAGGAAGUGAUCAUCAAGGAGCUAAAAUCGAUGGUAGAUUUCGCGUUAUGGACAUCGCUUCAAGACGAGAGAGUAUCGGUGGCACCGUUGGAAGCUGUCGCGAAGCAUCUGGAGGAUUCUGUCGUCGAAUCUCCAAUCGAAAAUAAUUCGGAAAAAUCAAGCGAGGAAAUAUCUCAAUAUCAAAACGAUCGUAAACAUUGGGCAGAAGUUAUUCUCUCCGUGGUGUCCCCACUUUUGGACAAAGUAGCGCUUCCGGUUUGUUUGACGAGAGUUCUUGUGAAGCUAGCCCAACAACAUCCACAGUCGUCAUUGGUUACAGCCAUAAGCCCUGCGAUUACAAGAUGUUUGAAGCACACGGUGGAUUUCGGCAAAUCUUUGGACAUGAGGAAACUAUUACAAGUGUUCAUAGCCUCCCUAUACGCGACAGGCGGAGAGCAAGCUAUCAGGGAUUACAUCGCUUCGAUUCACGGAUCUGGUAGCGACUGUCCUCAUCCAAGGAUGCUUCCUAAUUUAGUGUCCGUUUGUGUUGCUGCGAUUUUUCAUAGGUUUGAAGUGGCUAAACGUUCUUUACCAGAAAACGAGAAAUCGUCAAUUCCGCCAUUGGAUUGUUAUUUGUUGGUGCUAAACAUUACAUCAGAAUAUGCCGAUUGGAGGCCAGAAAUGGGUGCUUUGUUGCAACCGGUGCCAUUUCCGGAUGAAGCUUUUGCUUUAAAGGAGGUUCAACAAUCUAUAUUAAUGUGCGUGAUAAACCGUUUGGCAAAAGACGCAAGGUGCGUUGUUCACCGUGUUCUACUUCCAGUCAGGGAAUCUAGGCCUGGAUGGAUUCAUAUCGCCGCGCCAUCUAGUCCAGAUUGUCCUGAUCAAGGAGAAUUGUUCGGUGAAAUGCUAACAACACUGCUGGCAUGCUGUUGUCGAAGAAAGAAGUUUAUCAGCUGGUUGACCAAACAGGUACGCGAUGAUUGUAUAUUAUUGGCGGUAAGAGAUUGCGAAGCUGCCCAAGAAGCUCUUUGCUUGAUGUUAGAGUGGCAUUUGUUGUCGAGUAAAGAAGCUAAAUUGCAAAUAGUCAGUGCGUUGGAAUCGACCACCUCGGGUAAAGAACGUUAUGCUGCUCUUUGCCAAAGACAAAAGAAUUUACAGCAACUGCUGCGAAAAGGAGGUCCUAGACGAUUAACAUUACCAGCCCGUGCAACAGACGCAGACGUCGCUCUUCUUUUGAAUGGAAGAGCUCUUGGUAGCCUGGAAUAUCUCAGUUUGGCUUUUACCUCGGUCACUUCAGCUUGUGCUGAGCAGUUAAUCAAAUUACCAGCUUUAAGGCAUUUAAACUUGUGGGCUACGCAGUUUGGUGAUGCAGGCCUACAAAUGAUCAGUGAACAUCUGCAAAAGUUGCAGGUUCUGAAUCUUUGCGAGACCCCUGUUUCUGAUAAAGGAAUCUCUACCUUGGUUUCGUUAACGAGCUUAAGGAAACUGAAUCUAAACAGCACCAAACUUUCUGUCCAAACGUUCGAAUCCCUGAAGAAAUGUUUACCAGCUUUGCAAGAGUUUGACGUAAGAUAUACGGAUGCUUGGUAACCAGAGCUUUUAUCCUAUAUUGAAUCGAACUAUUCCAAUAAUAACUUCAUUAUCAAAAAGAAAAGACAAAGUUCGUGUUAGAUAAGAGUUAGAUAAACGAAGUAAAGGUUCGAGCGGUAAAACAUACGAUUUCAAACUAUUUCGAAGCAUUUCGUGUGUAAUUGUUUUAUAAGUGAAACAAGAAUGUUAUUUAAAUCUAACAGAUAAUAAUAUACGAUGGUGAAAUCGAAAUGGAUGGAAUCUGUGUGUGUGUGUGUGUGAGAGAGAGAGAGAGAGAGAGAGAGAGAGAGAUUUAUUAAGUGUGGAUAUCGUCUUCUUCGUUUACAUGAAUGAAAGAAUAUUUACAAUGUUGUUAAAAUUGAUUUAAAAUAGAAAAGCACGUGACUAGGACCACAAUAAAAGCCUGAAAGAGUCAGAAGAUUUUAUUCAAAGAAAACGAAUGAGAAAACUUCCAAGAAGUAUCUGCCUAAGAACUAUUAUCUUGAUUAAGAAAAAAAGAGAGGAA